AUGUCUGAUCUGCCUGAUACUUCUGGAGGUGUGGGUCUAGUGCGGGUGGAUGCCAAUGAUACGACAGUCACGGCGGAGUACCUCCAACACAUCCUCGAGCGCGACGGAGGUGUCAUUGUCGAGAACUUCAUAUCAAAGGAAGCGGCUUCCCGAAUUCGAACCGAUUUGAAGCCACAUUUCGAUGCCGAUGGCGGGGAUGCGUCCGGAUUCUUUCCAAAGACAACCCGACGGGCCAUUGGUCUCCUUGGUAUCUCCGACAACUGCGUGGACUUAUGUCUGCAUCCGCUCUUACGAGGAGUGGCAUCUUACAUGCUCACGUCCGAAUUCCAUCACUGGGUGGGUCAGGAAAAACAUACUGCUGUUUCCCGGCCGCAGAUCUCCAGUACCGUUGGAUUCCAAGUAAAUCCUGGGAGCAAGCAACAGGGCUUGCAUCGGGAUGAUAUUGAUUACCAUGUGGAGGACGGUGAUCGACCGAUGAUGCUUGGUGCUGUUACCGCGAUUAUGAAAACAACCAAAGAGAAUGGGGCGACUGUUGUGAUUCCCGGGAGCCCUAAGUGGCCCAAAAGCCGAUGUCCCUACGACCACGAGGCUAUUCCUGCGGAGUUGGAGCCAGGCGACACCUUGUUCUUCCUGGGUCAUACUUAUCAUGCAGGAGGUGCAAACACUACUACAGAUCAGGCUCGUGAAACAGUGGGCAUAUUCUUCUGUAAGGGUAUGUUCCGUCAGGUCGAGAAUCAAUAUUUCAUGGUUCCUCCCGAAAAGGCCAAAAGUCUCUCCCCGGAGGCUCAGCGACUGCUCGGGUAUGGGAUCAGUCCACCGUUCUGUGGGUUCGUUGAUUACAAGGAUCCGAUGCAAUUGUUCUUCGGGGUCAACGAUGAAUUGACGGUCAAUUUGUAG